AACGGUCAUGCAUGGACAUGUCGGAUCCACUAAACCAGUCCUGUCUCCGCCCAGCAGCGUCAGCAGGCUCGGUAGUAUCGUGCUAGCCCCGACAUGUCUGUCUGACUCUCUAAAGUGGGUUUAAAUCGCCGGCCGACCGGGACCAGACUCUCACUGCGCACUCGCAUGAGCUCAGGCACUUUAUGUACAGAUGAAGAGUAUAUAAUAUAUAGAUUUCUCUGCAGAUUUAUAGAAUCACCUCGUAUUUAUUCAGAAAUUCACAAUGGCUGCAGAAAACUGUCUAAGCAGUUCUCAGAUCAACAAGAUCGACAAUGAAAAGCUGGUAAGACCCAAAGUGCAGUUGCAAGCCCUGUUAAAAGAUGCAGGAGCGGAUAAGGAGGUGUUCACCAUGAAGGAGGUCAUGUUCUACCUGGGCAAAUACAUCAUGUGCAAGGAGUUAUAUGACAAGCAGCAGCAGCACAUCGUCCACUGCGAGAACGACCCUCUCGGCGCCGUGCUCGGAGUCGCCAGCUUCUCUGUGAAGGAGCCACGAAUGUUGUUCGCAAUGAUCUCUAAAAACCUCACAGCAGUAAAAAACCCGGACUCUCCGACGAACUUAGCAGAUCCCAGAAGUCAAAGUGAACAUGACAGAGGGCCGGAGGAGACAAACUCGGACUCGUCUACCUCAGCGCAGCAGCAGCAGCAGCGCAGGAGAAGAAGAAGCAGCAGUGAUCCUGCGAGUUUCUCAGGCCUGGAGGACUCCGGCGAGCCGCGGAAGAGGCACAAGUCAGACAGCAUCUCCCUGACGUUCGACGACAGCCUCUCCUGGUGUGUGAUCGGAGGUCUGCGCCGGGACCGAGGGAGCAGCGAGUCUUCAGUAUCACACAGCAGUGUGAAUGAAGGUAGGUCUCACGGCGAGGGCAGUGAAGACAGCGACGACUCCGAGUCUGAUAACUUCAGCGUGGAGUUCGAGGUGGAGUCCAUCGAUUCAGACGAAUACAGCGAGAUCGAUGAGGACUCCGUCCCGGAGGACGAGGUUUACGAAGUCACGAUCUUUGCCGAUAAUGAAGACUCGUUUGAUGAAGACACAGAAAUCACAGAGGAUGAUUACUGGAAAUGCUCCGAGUGCGAGGUGUUGAACCCUCCUCUCCCUCGACACUGCAAAAGCUGCUGGAAGGUUCGAGCGGGGUGGCUCCCCGAAUCUCGCGCCCAGCCCGACGCCCAAACCAACACCUCCUGCCACAGCACGGACCUCGAGUGCGCACCCGAAACCAAAGCCCGCCCCGACUCCCCCGACGAGGGCGUGGACGUCCCGGACGGCAAGUCCUCCCGCUCCCAGACCGCCGGCAGCUCGGACUCGCAGGGCUCGUCGCUGUCCUGCUCCCAGCCGUCCACCUCGUCCAGCCAGGAGGACGCGCCCGAACUGGAGCGCCUCAACAGCCUGAACAGCCUGAGCGGCUCGGAGAUCAGCCUCCCGUCCUCCUGCCUGGAGCCGUGCGUCAUCUGCCAGAGCAGGCCCAAGAACGGCUGCAUCGUCCACGGGCGCACCGGCCACCUCAUGGCCUGCUACACGUGCGCCAGGAAGCUGAAGAGCCGCAACAAGCUGUGCCCCGUGUGCAGGGAGCCCAUACAGUCGGUCGUGCUCACCUACGUCAGCUGAGGGGAGGAGGAGGACCGGGCGGGUGGAAGGAUUUACCUCAAUGUUCUCAACUCCAAAGCAGAAGAUGCACAAUUCAGGGCUGCGUUACACAUCCAGCUUCAAGUUCUAAAUGCUCUAAUGGCUUUUGUAGUUUAAUAGUUUAUAUUUCGAGGUGGGGUGGGUGUGUGUGUGUGUGUGUGUGUGUGUGUGUGUGUGGAUAAAUUAAAAUAUUUUGUGUUAUUUACAGAGAAAGUAUUCACACCCCUUGACAUUUUGCAGGUUUAUUGUUGUCGAUUUGAUUGUGAAUGGGACAGAAUGACCGUUUAUACCGUUCUAUACUUAACCAAACCCAGUUUGUUGCAGCCCAUCUGGCUGCAGGUCUUCUUGGGUACGUCUGUACAAGCUUUGCACGCUCGGAUUUAGGCAGUUUAUCCCAUUAUUCACGUCCAUCAUCAAAUGUUCCAUGGUGUGUAAGUCUGGGGUUUAGUUGGGCCACUCAAACACAUUUGGGUUGGUUUUCUCAGACAGGGAUUAAGCCUAGUCCUAGACUACAUUUUGCUUUAAAUGGAGAAUCUCCAUUUAAAAUGCUGUGUAGUCUAGGACUAGGCUUAAUCCCUGUCUGGGAAUCCAACCCUUAGAGUUUAAGACCAGCUCAUUUCUGUCAGUCAUUGUGCAUGCACUCUUGGGGGGUGGAGGUUUCCUUUCUGAAUGUUUUCGUAUUUGGCUGCGUUCAUCCGUCCCUCAAUUUUUACCAGUUGCCAAAAAGCUACCCCCAUAGCAUGAUGCCGCCACCACCGUGUUUCACUGUAGGGAUUGUACAGGGUGUCCCUAAAGUCUGGAAAUGCAUAUUUUCUAUAAAUCUAUAACAUCUUUAUUGUGUUUUCCACUAUCUGUGAUGCAAUAUGUAUAUGUGUGUGUAUAUUUUAGUAAACAUAUAGCACAUAGGUAUAGUUAGUGAUAUCUCCUAUGUGUCCAGACUUUACGGACACCCUGUAUUAGACAUGUAACGUGCAGUGUCUCAUCAGGCCGAAUCCUUUACCUGCCGUGGAGCUAAACUCCCAUUUAUUUGCUGGUCAUAUAUCUUUCAAUCAACAGUAACUGGGUGGUUGGGUGCCAACUCAAGGAUCUCCUCGCUCUGAGCUACACGUCGCCUGGAUUUGAUCAUAGGGUUCCACACAGAGUUGCUUGGACUUCACGGUUUUCAUAUGGAGUGUAAAUUGUGGGUCCAGUCAAGUCCAGUGCAACAGUCGACUCCAGAUGCACUCGACUGAAUACUACAGUAUUUAAGGGUCUGAAUACUUUUCGCAAAUACGUUUUCGUCAUUCAGGGUGAUUGAAUGUUGAGACUGACGAGUAAAAAUGCUAAUUAUAUUAUUUAUAAAUCUAAUCCACAGCACAAUAAAAUGCACAAACAGUCCAGGGGUGUGAAUACUUUCUAAAUCCAGAAUCGUUAAUAAUAUCUAUUUAUAAAAAAAAUGCCCUAUAGUUACUGUAUCUUUUGAAGUUUUACGCUCUACGCUGUUCGUGAGUUAAUCUGUUGUAUCUCAGUUGAUUCGUUUUUUCUCUUUUAUUUAAUAUAAAUUGUUGAUUUAUUUUUCCUGUCCAAUAAAAAUAACUACAUUCGACAAA